AUGGAACCACAGAUAUUUGACUCUCAGAAAUUCAAGCUGAACAUUAGUAAUGUUGAUGUCACUAGUAAGUGUGUUCCUGAUCAAAUGGAGGCUAUUCAGGAAGUCUUAAUUGAUUGUGAUAGAAGAAACUUAAGUCUCAUUCUCACUACUGGUGGAACAGGAUUCAGUCCAAGAGACAUUACACCAGAAGCAACUAAACUAGUACUAGAUAAAGAGGCUCCAGGUUUGGUUACUGCUAUGAUCAGUAAAUCCUUAGAGAUUACACCAAUGGCAAUGUUGUCAAGACCUGUUUGUGGUAUUAGAAAUAAUUCUCUAAUUGUUAAUUUACCAGGUAGCAAAAAGGGAUCAGAAGAAUGUUUUACUAUUCUACGACCAACACUACCACAUGCUCUGGAUGCUUUACAAUGUGUCUUGGCAGAAGAUAUUAUUGCUGGUCAACCCUUACCUCCUUUUCCAGCAUCCAUAAAAGAUGGUUAUGCUGUUAUUAGUGCUGAUGGAACAGGUGAGAGAGAUGUCUUGGCUCCAGUUGCAGCUGGUGAAAUGUAUUACAGUAGUCUCUGGAGUGUGGCUCGAAUCACUACAGGUGCUCCUCUACCUAAUGGUGCUGAUGCUGUGUUGGUGGAAGAUACUGAGUUAAUAGCCAGUACUGAUGAUGGAAAAAUAGAGAAAAAAAUAAAGAUCUUAUCCUCAGUGAAACCAGGAAAAGAUAUUAGACCCGUGGGUUCAGAUAUUGCCAAAGGUGAUAUUGUAUUGGAAAAGGGAAGUGUAUUGGGACCAUCUGAAAUUGGAUUAGCUGCAUCUGUUGGAGUAACAUUACUCACUGUCUAUAAAACUCCUCGAGUGGCAGUGUUAUCAACAGGAAAUGAAGUUAUUAAUCCAGGUAAAGUGCUGGUUCCUGGUCAGAUUUAUGACAGUAAUCGUUAUUCAUUACUUGCUGCUAUUAAACAAUAUGAUUUCCAAGGAAUUGAUAUCGGAAUAGCACAAGAUACGAGAGAAGCAUUAGUAGAGCAAAUUACACUGGGUCUAGACAAAGCUGAUGUAUUAAUUACUUCUGGGGGUGUAUCAAUGGGAGAGAAGGAUCUCUUGAAGCCAGUUCUAGUGAAAGAUUUUAAUGCUACUAUCCACUUUGGUAGAGUCUUCAUGAAACCAGGGAAACCAACAACUUUUGCUACUGUGAUGAGAGGAAGUAUACAAAAACUCGUGUUUUCUUUACCAGGUAAUCCUGUGUCAGCUGCCGUCACUUUUCAUUUGUUUGUGUUACCAGCAUUGAAGAAACUUGCUGGUCAUUUAAACUAUCAACCAACCAUUGUACCAGCUAAAAUCUCUAGACCAAUAUCUUUAGAUCCUCGUCCUGAGUAUCAUCGUGUGAAAUUGGUCUGGCAUGAACAGGAACCUGUGCCAUAUGUGGAGUCAACUGGGAUACAGCAAAGUAGUCGUUUGCUAAGUAUGAAAGGAGCUGAUGGACUUGUUUGUGUUACCAUCAAAGAGUGA